UUUGGAGUUUCCCGUUUAUCAGAAUUAUUUUUAUGGAAAUAUAAAGCAUUUUGUAUUUGUGCACGAGGCCGGUGAAAACCGUUGAAUCUUGAAAAGUUCUUUUUAUUUUUUUUAUAUGAAAAAAAACUAAAUAUUUUCAUCCAUGGCUCAAGGAAAUCCAGAUAUGGAACAAAAGCUUCGAGAAUUAAAUUGUCUCUUUACAUGGGACACAAAUGAGUAUUCCGAAGAUCUAAAGAAAGUCACUUGUGAGUCUGAUGGUUAUAUUUAUUUAGUGCCGCAACAUAAUUUGAUGAAACAAUUGGCAUUAAACUAUCAGCACAUUUUAAAUGAGGAUUAUGAUAAGGCCGAUGAGACCAUAAGAGAAAUGGAAAAAAUAAUUCCUCACUUUAUCGACCUAAGGAAGGAAGUGGCGGAGCAUUUUUUGGAAUCGACGAAAGUAUACAAUUUAUUAAAAAAGGGAAAUAAUGACGAAGUUAAUUUGUUAUUGGAAAAUAUAAAGGAUAUUGAGGACAAAAAAUAUUUACCUGUAAUCACCGAAUUUAAAGCUAUGUUGUUGUCACUUUGCAAACACUCGGACAGAGCGAUAGAAUUAGCUAAGAUUGCACUAGAAUAUGAUCCCGAUAUUUCUUUGUGUUAUUUCAUUAUAGGAAAAAACUUGAGAUCAAUAAGAAGAAAUAUGUCAUGUUUCACUACACCCAGUGACGAAGAGAUCUCACAUUUCUCGAAAGCUUAUGAACUGGAAAAAAAUCCGCAAUACGGUAUAUUCCUUGGGCAAGCCUUCAAGGAGAGUAAUUCGAGGCAAAAAGCUAAUACGAUACUUCAAGAAAUUCAUGAAAUGAACAUUCCGUGUCCGAAAAUUAAUCUGCGUCUAUCUUUAUAUUUUCUCCAAAACCAAUUUUUGGAUGAAGCAGAAAAAUGCUUGGACUUCGUUGAAACUAUCAGGCCAGAAAGUUCCUGGUUCCUUCACUAUAAGGGACUUUACUUAAUGAGAAGACAAAAGUACCAGGAGGCUGCAGAAUGUUUUAAACGAACAGAAAACGAGAAAAACUUUGGCGCCGAUUUAGGAUACGCAAAAUGUAUGCGAAUACAGCGAAAACGAUUUGACUAUGUCAAGUAUUUUUUGGAGCUUUUGGAAAAAUACAAGGGGGACGAGGAAGGAUAUAAGCAGAAAGAACUGCUUUUGCAUAUUGCUUUCUCCUAUUUUAAUAUAAAGAGAGACAUUCGAGAGGCAAUUAAAUAUUUCCUUCAAGCGUUUCAAAUGGACUUGCCUAAAUUCGAUAUGAGCAGGUACCACGACGUUUUCACCGGCCAAACAAUAAAUGUAUAUUUAUUCUUAUGUAAGGAAGUAUUUACCAAAGUUGAGGAAUACAGGGAAAAGAAGAUUAUAAAUCUACCGGAAGAAAUUGUUGAAGCGAAUGAAACGCUGAAAAAAAUCUGUGAUGAGUACCAAAAGUCUUGUCGUCGAGACUUUAGAAAUAAUCACGCAAGUGUAUAAUAUGCGUUAAUUUCUGAAGUUAAAGAGUUUUACAAUUAUUGAAACAAGAUUAGUAUUAUAAGUGCUUUUAUUAUUUUGAAAAAAUAACUUUACCUUUAAUCAUUGGAAAGAAAAUGAUUACAAUAAGUGUUAAACUUACUUUCAUAAACGUUUAUUUUAUAAAAAAUGUGAUUGUACCUGAAUUAAAAGUAAUUCAAUAAUAAUUAUACUUUUUUCUAAA